UUAUUUUUUUUUUUCUUUAUUAGUGUUGGAUCAAACAAGCCAACAGGCAAAACGGGUCUGCUUUGUGUUGUUUUGUUGUGUUGAUAAUUAAAAAAUAUAUUAAAACACCACCCAGUGGACCUGUUUAUUGCCUGUCGAAAUACGACCUUGAACCAUCAUCAGGUCUUAUUAUCUUGUUGUUGUAAAUUUUCUUUCAAUUUUCCAAUUGUCUGAUUGAAUUAAAAUUUUAUUCUAAAACUUGUUUAAUAAUUGCGUAAAAAAAGAGACAAAGAAAAAAAAAAUAUAAUAAUAAAUUAAAUCAAUAAAUUUAAACAAAAGAAAUAUAUAUAAAUAAAAUUUUAAUAAUCAUGGCUUCACCAGAUGUUGGAAUUAAAAAACAAAAGUUAUCUGGACAAUCUAGUGAUGGUAUGAUUAUACAAAAUGGUGUUACAUCAAGAAAUGGUUUAACACCAUCAAUUGUACAUCCUGAAAUGGGAUUUUAUUGUUUUGAUGUAUUGUAUUCGCAACUUCAUCAACUUGAUCCACCAAAAACACCAAGAUUUUGCAAUGAAUCUCAUCCACUUUUUGUAACAUGGACAAUUGGAAAAGACAAAAGAUUACGUGGAUGUAUUGGUACAUUUAGUGCUAUGCAUUUACAUGCUGGACUCAGGGAAUACGCCACCACAAGUGCUUUCAAAGAUUCACGCUUCAAUCCAAUAUCUCGUGAUGAAUUUCCACGUUUGACUGUUGAUAUAUCAAUACUUCGUCAUUUUGAAGAUGGUGUUGAUUAUUUGGAUUGGGAGCUUGGUCUUCAUGGUAUUUUAAUUGAAUUUAAUAAUGAAAAAGGAAAUAAAAGAACAGCAACUUAUUUGCCAGAUGUAGCUAAGGAACAAGGAUGGGACCAGAUUCAAACAAUUGACUCUUUACUUCAUAAAGGAGGUUUUAGAGGUCAAGUUACACCAGCAAUUCGUCGUGCUUUAAAGCUUAAACGUUAUCAAUGUGAAAAAGUCAGUGUUAGUUAUCAAGAAUACAUGACUAAAUGGCAUAAUCGUGGGUGCUAGCAAAUAAAUAAAAAUAUUAAUUUGCCUUUUUUAUGAUUAUUUUUGCCUCUAUCUAUAACGAGGAUAACUAACAU